CAGCCACAGGGUGUCUUCACCUCUGGAGAAAAGAGGUGCUUUGGGACUGGUGGCAGUCAAUUAGAGGGGGAUGGAGGGCCACAUCAAGCGUCCCAUGAAUGCAUUUAUGGUAUGGUCUAGGACUCAGAGGCAUAAGUUAGCCCUGGAGAAUCCAAGCAUGGAAAAUGCAGAAAUCAGUAAGCAACUGGGAUACCAGUGGAAAUCACUUACAGAAGCUGAAAAAAGGCCAUUUUUCCAAGAAGCACAGAGACUGAAGACCUUACACAGAGAGAAAUACCCAGACUAUAAGUACAGGCCUCUCCGGAGAGCUAAAGUACCACAGAGGAGUGACACUUUGCUGCCUGCAGAUGCCUCUUCAAAGCUUCACAACCAGCUGCAAGGGGACAAGAACCUGUGCUCAUUCACAUACAGAGAGGACUGGCCUAGGACUGCACACUUGCCCUCCAGGAUCCAGCUAAGCUAUUUGCAGCAUGUGGACGUCCCCACUGAGUACUCAGUCCAGCAGCAGCAGCAGCAGCAGCAGCAGCAGCAGCAGCAGCAGCACGUACUUUACCAACAACAGACAUCACCGGUGACCACACAACUUAGCAGGAUCACAUCAAUAAAACAGUGUGGCAGUGCAAUGGCAGUGGCUUCUGUUGGGAUAGUGCCUUCCUCCAGCCCUCCAGAAUACCCUGUCCUCAUGGACAGAGUAAGGACCGAAGACUGGUUCUUGCUUGGGAACCUGUCCUGUGUGGUUGAGCCUCAGGUCUGCAAAUUGAAGAAGAUUGCCAGAGGACAGCCACCCUUUUUGCACAAAGCAUCUGUCGUGUGCUCCCAUAUGGCAGUGGCUCAGCUGCUGGCCAUGGUCACAGGCCACCUGCCUGGGCUCUCUGAAGUCCCAUAA